UUUUCAUAUGCAGUCAUCAACAAUAUUUGAGGGGAAGAGCAAAAGUUUCAAUAAAAUGCAAAAGGGUCACAGCCCUCCUUUACCCUCCACACCUCGACUUCGUCACCGUCGACGUUCCAAGUCCCUAGAGGAGUUCCCCGACCCGAACAAAUUAAACGGGGGCAAUUUACUCGUAAAUGAUCACAACAAGUAUAAAUCAAUGUGGAUUAGAACGUAUUCGUCGCUAUGGAUGCUUGGUGGAAUUAUACUCAUUGUGUACUUGGGCCAUUUGUAUAUAUGCGCAACUGUAGUUGUUAUACAAAUAUUAAUGGCCGCCGAGCUUUUCCAUUUACGUAGACGAGUUCACGAAGAUAAACGCCUUCCGGGGUUUUGGCUUAUUAAUUGGUAUUUUUUCUUUACGGCAAUGCUUUACGUGUACGGCCGAAUUCUCAGUCAACAUCUGGUCAACGCUAUAACUUCCGAUAAAUUUUUCUACAAACUCGUGAAUGGACUCAUCAAGUAUCACAUGGUCAUUUGUUACUUUCUAUACAUUGCAGGAAUGAUGUGGUUCAUUCUCACGCUGAAGAAGAAGAUGUACACGUACCAAUUCGGUCAGUACGCAUGGACGCACAUGAUACUUAUAGUGGUCUUCACGCAGUCCUCGUUCACCGUUGCUAAUAUAUUCGAAGGAAUUUUCUGGUUUAUUUUUCCGGCAUCUCUUAUAGCAAUCAACGAUGUAGCUGCAUAUUUUUUCGGCUUUUUCUUCGGCAAAACGCCUUUAAUCAAGCUAUCACCGAAGAAGACAUGGGAGGGCUUUAUUGGAGGAUCUUUCGCUACUGUACUAUCCGCAUUUCUGCUUGCGAGUUUUUUGAGUCAGUUUCAAUGGAUGACGUGCCCGAGAAAGGAUUUAUCGACAGGUUGGCUUCGGUGUGAUCCUGCUCCGAUUUUCAAGCUCGAGUAUUAUUCGUUUCCCAAAUGGCUUCCUCAAUCGUUCCCUUGGAAGGGAAUAUCUGUGUUGCCAGUGCAAUGGCAUGCUUUAUGCUUAGGUUUAUUUGCAUCAAUUAUUGCACCGUUCGGAGGGUUCUUCGCUAGCGGUCUGAAGAGAGCUUUCAAGAUUAAGGAUUUUGGUGAUAGUAUUCCAGGCCAUGGUGGCUUCACGGAUCGGAUGGAUUGCCAGAUGGUGAUGGCAAUAUUUGCCUACAUUUAUUUUCAAUCGUUCGUUCUUCCUCCGACUAACUCAGUAGAGAUGAUCUUGGAUCAGAUAGUUAGAAACCUGGGAUUCGAAGAGCAAGAAAGACUGUACAUGAUGCUUGGCCAAAUAUUCAAAGAGCAGCACUUUGCUUAUCCUUGAAAACAACUUGUAAAUUAAUCUCUCACACGGGGAUGUUCGAGAAAAAAACCCUGUCUUAGGUUGUAACCGUUAGAUAUUUCAAAUCAAGAAAGAACCAACAUUUUUAGCUUUUUCCGUAAAUUUUUUUUCAGGCGCUACUAAUAGUCAUCAAAAGUAGAGAAGUAAAUGCAAAUUGUAAUUAAUUUAUUUCAAAAUCUCGAUUCCGAGUUCUACAAAGCUACAAAAACUAAUGCCU